AUGGCACCCUCAUUCAUGACCAUUGACACCAACGACGCGGACGUGGACUUCGGCGGCGCCGCGCCCGUCCAAGCAAGCCGUACCCUCCUCCUCGCACCCCCCUCGAUCGCCACACAAGAAGACAAACUCCGCAACCUCUUCAGCACCUUCGACCGCUCAAGCACAGACCUACAAAUGCUUGACCGGCUCUCCGCAGGCGUCGUCUCCCUCCCUCCAACGACCUACGACCUCGUCCUUCUCCUCACAGACACAGAUGGCAAACGGCGCACCGAGGCGCUGCAGCUCCUCACCAGAGACGUAUACACAACCCUCGUGCCAGCCAUGAAGCCAGGCGCGAAGCUACAGACACAGGACUCAGCACUCAAUGCCUCCGAGUCCAUGGAAGCUGUGCUGGCCGGACUCGUGCAGACAGAGACAGGCUUCGAGAAACCCAAUUUCGACCCCACGGCCGCUGUACCGCUGAAGUUCGGCUUGAAGAAGAAGAAUAAGACUACCACGCCCGCGGCGGCCGCUGUUCCUAGUGUUCCUAUGGGAUUCGCUGCGCCGAUGGGGAUAGAUUCACCAGCAACCAAUCAUGAGCGCGACGAGGACGACGAGCUCAUUAAUGAAGAUACACUCCUCACCGAGGAGGAUUUAACAAGACCUAUAAUGCCGCCCCCAGAAUGCCAACCCAAGACCGGUCGUCGGCGCCGCGCCUGCAAAGACUGCACGUGCGGUCUAGCGGAUCGCCUCGAGGCGGAGGAUAAAGAGCGUCGCGCAAAUGCAGAUAAACAAUUGAACGUUAUGAAGUUGGAUACGGGGGAUCUGAAUGAGCUGGACUUCACCGUCGAGGGCAAGACUGGUUCUUGUGGGAGCUGUGCUCUCGGUGAUGCCUUCCGUUGUGACGGUUGUCCUUACAUGGGUCUUCCUGCCUUCAAGCCUGGCCAAGAGGUCCAGAUUAUGAAUGAUAUUGCGCAGCUUUGA